CAACCAGCUUUUUGGCGGAUCCCCCAAGUUUCACCAGCCGUUGAACAUCCUCAUCCUACAAUCAUACACAUCGUCAUCUUGAACCCCAUCCAGAUUCCAGAACACUUUUGGUGCUUAACUUCCUUAUCGUUCCAAUUCCACUGUGGUAUCAAGCUGGGGUUCAUAUCCAAAGAGUUCGAAAGUCUCCUUCCUGGCUUAUCUAAUCCAAAACCCACUUGUGCUAAAAAGCCGAUUGCAAACAUCAGCAAACUGUCCCACAACCCCCAUCAGUAUUUAUCACCCUACUCCCCUAGAACAGACUGUUAGACAGUCUAACUCGUGCUGCCCUCCGUACCACGUCCUCUUUGUUCUACCUUUCCCUUGAACUCAUCUUUGAACUACAAAAAAAACUUUCCUCCAUUCUUGAUCCAAAACGCUUCCAGAAUCAGUCUCACAAGUCUCUGUUUACCAAAAAAAUAAAAAAAUAAAACAAAAACUAAUUUGCAAAGAAACACCUACCACAAUGGCCGAAAUUGAUUACGACAGCCUUCCUCAGACCGUGGAUAUCUCCUUUGAGCCUGAUUCCAACAUCAUUGAUGUCAAGCUAUUUGAUUACCUGGUUCCUUCUGGUUCGGGUCCCAAUGCUGAACCCAAAGUUACCCAACUUGACUUGAAAUACAAGUACUCUCCUGAAACUCCAUGGGCUCCUAUUCACGAAGUCGUUGAGGACAGGAUUGAUAGGAUCAAAAGAUAUUACUGGAAUGUUUGGGAUCUCGGAACAGAGGAAGAGUUCGAGAAUCUGCCGACUGCUCCUAGCGCCAUCUUCCAUGGACCUAAGGUCGAUAUUUUGGCGGAGGACAUCGUAUCAUUUUCCACCAUCGUUGGCAACGACUCGGAUGCUUACCGUUCGUCCGGUCCCAACUCCGAAGUCCCCAUGGAUUUUGGUAUCAAAUUGGGAUGGAAAGCCAUCAUGAAGCCCCUUUUCCCUAAAUCGAUCCCAGGUGAUUUGCUUGCCCUAGUGCAUUUGAGCAACCGAUUUGAUAUGAGAGAUCGAGCCCCAAGACUCAAGGUCGGUGAUACAGUCACGAGUGAAGCCAAGAUCGCUAGCAUUACCAAUAGCGAGACCGGAAAGACGGUGGCAGUCAAAGGGACGGUGUUCCUACUCAAGGAUGGCGAGAAAACUCCUGUCAUGGACGUCAUUUCCUCGUUUUUUUACCGUGGUCGAUUCGACGACUUUGAUGCAACCUUCAUGUCUGAAGAUGAUCCGGAAUACAAAGUGACGAUGAACUCGACUACCGACAUCUCUGUCUUAAAAUCGAAGGAUUGGUUCGAUUGGAAGGAUGAAAACGUUAAACUCGCUCCUGGCCAAACUCUUACCUUCCAAACCUCAUCCUCCUACCGAUACAAGGAGAAGGGAGUAUAUGCUUCAGUGGAAGUCGAAGGAUCAGCGUAUCUCACUGGAAUCGGCUCCGAUCCCAACAAACUCGUUCAAGUCGCCAUAAUCUCUUACACAUCCGCCACUUCAUCUAAAGGUAAUCCCGUCCUCGAGUACCUCAAACGAUCCGGCAAACCAGUUGGACAACAUAUUCUUUUCCCCACCGGUGGUUACCUCAUCAAGGACGAAAACAAUAUCAGUGAAAUCAAAACUCCUACGAACAAUCUGCCGUAUUCGCAGGCCAGUGCGGAUUGGAACCCGAUUCAUUGUAACCCUUACUUUGCCAAUUUAGCCUCCCUCCCUGGCACGAUCACUCAUGGAAUGUGGUCUAGUGCUGCCACUCGAAGUGUUGUCGAGAGGGUAGCCGCCGAAGGACAUGGCGCGCGGGUCAAGAGCUACGAUGUCUCUUUCACCGGCAUGCUUCUGCCUAAUACGACUCUUAAGAUCGAGCUCAAGCACAUCGGACAAACCUCGAAGGGCUACAAACUCAUCUCCGUCACCACCUACGCUCUUCCUGGCGAAUCAUCCUCUUCCGCCGAACCUACAAAAGUGCUUGUUGGUACUGCAGAGGUCGCGCAAGCUUCGACUGGUUACGUUUUCACUGGGCAGGGAAGUCAAGAGCCUGGAAUGGGUAUGGCUCUUUACAACGAAUCGGCAGUUGCCCGAGCGGUCUGGGACGAAGCCGACAGGCACUUGGGCGAAGUGUAUGGAUUCAGUAUCCUUGAGAUCGUCCGCAACAACCCCAAGGAAAAGAUUGUGCAUUUUGGCGGCAUCAAAGGACACGGGAUUCGACAGCGUUACAUGGAAAUGUCGUAUCAAACCACUGACAAAGAUGGGAACGUCAAGACCCUCCCUCUGUUCGGUGAUAUCGACCUUCGCACUUCUCGCUACACCUUCUCCUCUCCAACUGGUCUAUUGUACGCCACCCAAUUUGCACAGAUCGCCUUGGUAGUGACUGAAAAAGCGGCAUUCGAGGAUCUCCGCGAAAAGGGACUAGUCCAGGAGGGUGCACCUUUCGCUGGCCACAGUCUCGGAGAGUAUUCUGCCCUGGCCAGUAUUGCUGGCGUUUUGCCCAUUUCAUCCCUCGUCGAUGUUGUCUUUUUCCGAGGAAUCACGAUGCAACGGGCUGUUGAAAGAGACGAGCAGAACCGCUCGAAGUAUGCGAUGGCCGCCAUCAAUCCCAGCAGGAUCGGCAAGAGCUUCAGUGAUGCAGCCCUGCGUGAAGUUGUUGAUACCAUCUCCAAACGAUGCCAAGUCUUGCUAGAAAUCGUCAACUUUAAUGUCGAAGGCCAGCAAUACGUCACCGCCGGGGAGCUUGUUGCUUUGCAAACUCUUACCAACGUCUUGAAUUUCUUGAAGGUCCAGAAAAUCGAUAUCGCUCAACUUCAGCAAACGAUGUCGCUUGAGAAAGUCAAAGAACACCUGAUUGAAAUUGUCGACGAGUGCCACAAAGAGUCCCUGCUCAAAGAAGAAAAGCAGGGAUUCAUUGUACUUGAGCGCGGAUUUGCUUCGAUUCCUCUUCCGGGCAUUGACGUUCCAUUCCACUCACGUUAUCUGUGGGCGGGUGUCAUGCCUUUCCGAGCAUACCUCUCCAAAAAGUUAAACCCAGCUCACAUGAACCCCGAGCUGCUUAUCGACAAAUACAUUCCCAAUUUGACCGCUGAACCUUUUCAAAUCUCCAAAGCGUACGCUGAACGCAUUUACCAACAGACCAACUCUCCAAGGCUAGAGAAAACAUUGAAAAACUGGGUCGAAGAUGGCUGGGAUCUUCCCGAAAACCGAAGCAAGCUUGGAUAUGUGAUUAUCGUUGAGCUUCUUGCUUAUCAAUUCGCAUCACCCGUUCUCUGGAUUCAAACUCAAGACCAAUUGUUUUCCCAUCAGAAGUAUAACAUCGAGCGUCUCAUUGAAUUCGGUCCCUCUCCAACCCUUACCGGCAUGGCUUCUCGUACCUUGAAACUGAAGUAUGACCAGCAAGACACAGCUCACAACAUGUCCCGAGAAAUCCUCUGCAUUUCUAAAAACAUCAAAGAAAUCUACUAUCAAUACGAAGACGAAGUCGAAGCGGAGGCUGCCCCUGCAGCAGUCAGCGAACCCACUGCCGCUUCUCCUGCCGCCGUCGCCGUCGCCGUCGCCGUCGCUGCCCCCGUUGCUGCCUCUGGACCUGUCGCUGCUGUUGCUGACGAGCCACUGAAGGCUGUUGAGACUCUGCGGGUGUUGGUUGCCCAGGGCUUGAAGAAACCUUUGGAUGAUGUACCCCUAUCUAAGGCCAUCAAGGACUUGGUCGGCGGCAAAUCCACUCUUCAAAAUGAAUUAUUAGGCAGUGCUCAGGCCGAAUUUGGCUCAGCGCCCGAUAAAGCAGAGGAGAUGCCAUUGGGUGAACUGGGUUCUGCGCUUCAAUCGAGCUAUAGUGGUACCAUGGGCAAGCACAUGAGUGCCCUGGUAUCGCGACUCAUAGGAAGCAAGAUGCCCGGAGGUUUCGGAAUGUCAGGUGUCAAGAGCCACCUCUCCAAGUCUUGGGGUUUAGGUCCUGGUAGAACCGAAGGUGUUCUCUUGAUGGCCUUGACCAUGGAACCACCCAAGCGAUUGGGCUCUGAAGGGGAGGCCAAAUCAUAUCUCGAUUCCGUCGUCCAGGCUUACGGUCAACAUUCUGGUCUCACCCUAUCUCAAGGCGGUCCUGCCGGUGCAGCUGGGGGUAGCGCUGGUGGGGCGAUGAUCAACUCGGAGGAAUUCGAAAAAUUCCAACAAAGUCAAGACGCCUUCGUAUCCCAGCAACUCGAAGUCUUGUUGAGAUACUUGAAAAGAGAUUCACGAGAUGGGUACAGACUGCAUGACCUCAAACAUGCCGAUUACAUGCGGGUUCAAGAUGAAUUAGAUAGUAUCCAGAAAGAACACGGCGAAAACUAUCUCAAGGGGAUCCAGCCGGUCUUCGAUCCUUUGAAGGCCCGACACUUAGACUCCGCAUGGAAUUGGGUUAGACAAACGGCCCUGGAGAUGUUCUUUGACAUUAUCUACGGUCGGUUGAAAACUGUGGACCGUGAUAUCACCGCAAAAUGCUUGGUCAUCAUGAAUCGAGCAAAUCCUGCUUUGAUCGACUACAUGCAAUAUUACCUCGACCACACCGAUGCCAGCAAAGGCGAGCGGUACCGUCUCGCAAAGGAGUUUGGACAGAUGCUCUUGAGCAACUGCCGGGAAGCUGUUGGUACCGCUCCCUUGUACCGAGAUGUUACCUUUCCAACGGCACCGAAGACUACCGUUACAUUGAAAGGUGAAAUCGUCUAUGAGGAAGUCAAUCGUGUUGGGGUUUCUCGACUUGAGCGCUAUGUAGCUGAGAUGGCAGCUGGAUCGAAGAUUACCGCUGAGAUGAACUUGGAUAAGGUCCAGGAAUCAAUCCAGAACCUGUACAAACUCGUCAAGUCUCAACCGACCAUCGCCAAGUCCCAGAUGGCAGCAAUCCGAUCACUGUACGGAGAGGUUGUUAAAGGUCUAUCGCCCCAUGAGCGCAAUCGCGCUGCCAACGGACCCAGAAGUCGCCGGCCUUCCAGUCAAUUCUUGAGACCAGUGCAAGUCGAGCCGACUGCUCUCUCUGGUGACAAGACCCCGCUGUUACAUCUCAAGCGUAAAGUGGGAAGCAACUGGGUUUACAGCAGCAAGCUCACCACUCUUUAUCUGGACGUCUUAACGGAAAUUGCGUCUGCGGGGACCACAUUCGAACACAAGAAUGCAUUGUUGACUGGUGUCGGCAAGGCUAGUAUCGGUGUGGAGAUCUUGAAGGGCUUGUUGAGUGGAGGUGCACAUGUGAUUGUCACUACGUCUCGUUACUCUCGUGCGACAGUGGAAUACUACCAGGCUAUUUACCAAGAAGUUGGAUCGCGUGGUAGUCGACUCACAGUCGUUCCAUUCAACCAGGGAUCCAAGCAAGAUGUUGAAGCCCUGGUUGACUACAUCUACUCAACCGAUAAGGACAAGGGGCUAGCAAUGGACCUCGAUUACAUCUUACCAUUCGCAGCGAUUCCGGAGAACGGCCGAGAAAUUGAUGGUUUGGAUGACCGAUCCGAACUUGCCCAUCGAGUGAUGUUGACCAACUUAUUACGAUUGAUGGGUGAAGUCAAGAAGAAAAAACAUGCCCUCAAACUUGUCACUCGUCCUACUCAAGUGGUACUGCCUUUGUCACCCAAUCACGGCAACUUCGGGAAUGAUGGCCUCUAUUCCGAGUCCAAAAUCUCGCUGGAGACUUUGUUUAAUCGAUGGUCUUCUGAGUCCUGGGGCGAGUACUUGUGCCUCGCAGGGGCUGUCAUUGGCUGGACUCGUGGUACCGGUUUGAUGUCGGCCAACAAUUUGAUAGCUGAGGGUGUUGAAACACAUGGUGUCCGCACUUUCUCUGCCAAGGAAAUGGCUUUCAACAUUCUGGGUUUGAUGCACCCGUUACUCUUCGAUGUGGCCCAAGUUGAGCCGGUAUGGGCAGACUUGAACGGAGGCAUGGACAAACUACCUGACUUGGCUGAAAUCAGUAUGAAAGUUCGCCAAGAGCUCAACGAAGUUGCUAAUGUCCGCUCGAAGAUCAGUCUCGAUAACGCCAUCGAUUUCAAGGUUGUACAUGGUGUCGAAGCCGAGGCGAUCCAUCACCCGGUCAAAAUUUCGCCCCGUGCCAACUUCACCUUACCGAUGCCUAAGCUGCGUCCCAAUUUCGACGAUGAAACAAACAUGACUUUGCUUCGGGGCAUGCUAGACCUGGACAAGGUUAUUGUUGUCGCCGGUUACGCUGAAGUUGGGCCAUUUGGAAGCUCUCGAACUAGGUGGCAAAUGGAAGCUAAAGGCGAAUUCAGUAUCGAAGGCUUACUCGAAUUGGCUACAAUCACCGGUCUGAUCAAAUUUGUCGAUGGGAAACUGAAGAAUGGUAAACAAUACGUCGGUUGGGUAGAUGCUCAGACAGAGGAGCCCGUAGAUGACUCCCAAGUCAAAUCGAAGUACGAGGCUCAAAUCUUGGCGCAUACCGGAGUUCGAUUUAUUGAGCCUGAGCUGUUCAGAGGCUACGACCCUAAGCGCAAAGGAUAUACCCAAGAAAUCGAGCUGAACCACGACUUGGAAGCAAUUGAAACCUCCCGUGCCGAUGCAGACAAGUUCAAAUUACAGCAUGGCGACAAGGUUGACGUCUGGCUGGAUGGCGACAAGUGCUUCAUCCGUUUCAAGAAAAAUGCCAAGAUUAUGAUUCCUAAAGCCGUCAGAUUCGACCGACUUGUAGCCGGUCAAAUUCCCACCGGCUGGGACGCUCGAGUCUUUGGUAUUCCGGACGACAUCAUCGCACAAGUCGAUCGAACCUCACUCUGGGCACUUGUUUGCACUGCCGAAGCACUUAUGAUGGCUGGUAUUACCGAUCCAUAUGAACUGUACAAGUACAUUCAUCCCAGUCAAGUGGGCACAUCCCUCGGCUCGGGAAUGGGUGGAAUGAGCAGUUUAUCGAAAAUGUUCCGUGACAGACGUGAAGAAAAGGAUGUUCAAAAGGACAUUCUUCAAGAAACCUUCAUUAACACUGUCGCUGGCUGGGUCAACUUACUUCUAUUGUCAUCUAGCGGUCCUAUCAAAAUCCCAGUCGGCGCUUGUGCCACUGCAUUACAAUCAAUCGAAAUCGCAUGCGACACCAUUCUCAGCGGCAAGGCUAAAGUGAUGAUUGCUGGUGGUUUCGACGAUUUUGAUGAAGAAGGAAGUCUCGAAUUCGCAAACAUGCAGGCUACCAGCAAUACGGAAACAGAAUUGGCCGCCGGACGAGAACCAAAUGAAAUGUCUCGUCCAACCACUAGUACUCGUGCCGGAUUUAUGGAGUCUCAAGGAUGUGGUGUUCAAGUGCUCAUGUCCGCUAAGACUGCCAUCGAGAUCGGUGCCAGUAUCUACGGCAUUGUGGCUUACACUGCUACUGCUACUGACAAGGCUGGUCGAAGUGUUCCUGCACCUGGGCGCGGUGUCCUUUCUACUGCCCGUGAAGCCCCUGGCAAAGUUCCGGCUCCGAUCCUAGACAUUGAGUGGAGAAAGCGUCAAUUGGCUUUCAGAAGAAUGCAGAUUUCGCAAUGGUUAGACAAUGAGGUCGACAUCUUUAAGAGCAUGGUUUCUAAUCUAGAGAAAGCUGGCCAACCAAUGCCCGCCGACGAGAUUGCCGAGAGGUAUGCUGCUAUCGAGAAAGAAGCAAAACGUCAGGAGAAGGAAGCCCAAUCGACCUUUGGAAUGCUCAGUGGUGAUGACCCUGAGGUUGCUCCCCUGAGACGCGCUUUAGCGGUUUGGGGACUUAACAUUGAUGAUAUCGGAGUGGCAUCGUUCCAUGGCACUAGUACCAAAGCAAAUGACAAAAACGAAAGUUCGGUAUAUAACCAGCAAUUCCAGCAUCUUGGUCGAUCGCGUGGUAACGCUGUCCCAGUGGUAGCACAGAAAUGGCUCACUGGCCACCCCAAGGGUGGUGCGGCAGCAUGGAUGAUGUGCGGCGUUACGCAAGCUAUCCAGGACGGGAUCAUUCCCGGUAACCGGAACGCAGACAACAUUGGCCCUGAGUUGCAGGAGUUCGAAUUCUUGGUUUACCCCUCCAAGUCGAUCCAAACCGAUGGUAUCAAGGCAGGUCUCUUGACUUCCUUCGGUUUCGGUCAAGUUGGUGGUCAGGUGCUGGUUGUCCACCCAGAUUACUUGUUGGCCGCCAUCGAGCCAGCCGAAUAUGAAUCUUAUAAAUCCAAGCGAUUUGUUCGCGAGCGAGCUAGUUACCGAAAGUUCAAUGACUUUUUGACCAAGCGUUCCCUGGUGAUCUUGAAAGAAACUCCUCCUUACAUACCCGAACUGGAGCCCCAUGUACUUCUGAACCCUCUCGCACGAGCAUCGAAAGACUCGACUGGAUCCUAUGCCUACCCGAAGAAACCAGACCACUUACCCACGAAGGUAAACAUUGCCACCAAGACAGCCUCGUUGGCGGCGACAAUCACUCAAAAGUACGAGAAUGAAGAUAGCGUUUUCGGUGUCGGGACGGAUGUUGAGAUGAUCACAGCCGUACCCCAAUCUGACGUCUUCCUGGAGCGAAACUUCACCGAGCAAGAGCUAGCUUACUGCCGCCAAUCGUCUGAUUUCAACGCGUCCCUCGCCGGUAAAUGGACCGCCAAGGAGGCCGCCUUCAAGGCCAUGAAGACUCUCAGCAAAGGCGCCGGCGCGGCCAUGAAAGAGAUCGAAAUCCUCUCCGGUCCUAGUGGCCCUGAGAUCAAAUUGACCGGCCAGGCGAGCAAGGUCGCGGACGAAAAAGGCAUCAAAAACUUCGAACUGUCGAUCUCGCACUCGGAUGAAGUGGCCAUGGCCUUCGUUGUAGCUCGCCAUUAAAGGUCUCAUUGACUAAAUCUGUCUUGUUGCUCUUGUUAUUCCUUAUGUUUUCUCUUGCUCUUUCUUGUACAUAAGCUGUAUAUGUGUUAUUACUUUUUGUCAAACCACUUGCUUGCUGAAACCUCCAACUCUUGAUUAAUUCUAUCCGUAAUAUUUCUCUCA